GAAUCCCCCUUUCAAUUUCAAUCAGUGUUCGCCGAUACUGUGUGAAGCGUUUAUCGAUCUCUAAGUUGCAACAAUGGCUUCCAUUCGCUCCCUAUUACCUAUUCCUCUAAAUAAUCAUAAUCUGGACCAUUCCAGAUGUUCUGUCUUAACUUCGUUUUCUAAUUCCUCUGCCGGUUCUUUUCUUCCUAAUACUGUCAAGUCGACCACGACAAAAUCUUGUAUAUUAGACCCUCACUCCCCCAAAUCCAAGCUCCGCAGUAAUGGAGACAGAGUUAAGGUUAAUCCACAAGAUUUAGAGUCCACUUCGGCUGUUGAUGCGUUUACCCAUUUCAAGCAUCUUCUUUUGCCAAUUACAGACAGGAAUCCUUAUCUUUCUGAGGGAACAAGACAGGCAGCAGCAACUACAGCUGCUUUGGCAAAAAAAUAUGGAGCUGACAUCACUGUUGUGGUUAUUGAUGAGAAGCUGAAAGAGUUAUUGCCUGGACAUGAUACUCAACUUUCUAGCAUUCGCUGGCAUCUUUCUGAAGGUGGGUAUCAAGAAUUCAAGGUACUCGAGAAACUUGGGGAAGGAAGUAAGCCUACGGCUAUCAUUGGAGAGGUGGCGGAUGAUCUGAACUUGGACUUGGUUGUAUUAAGCAUGGAAGCGAUCCAUUCGAAGCAUGUUGAUGCCAAUCUUCUGGCUGAGUUUAUUCCUUGCCCUGUUCUACUUUUGCCAUUGUAGAAGGACCUCUUUUGUUCUAAACAAUAUUUACAUUUCUUUCCAAACUACCCAAUAUCAGCUUUGAGUUUGGGCUAGAUUAUCUUUAUAUUUGGGGUGAUUUGAAAAGGUCUUGACAUUCAGUUCAUUA